CAUGUGGAGUAGUUGGAGCGAAACGGUGAAUGGAGUAAUAAAUCUGGAGCAGUAAAAGUUUCCUCUCCAGGAAACCUCGGCUGUCCGUUUGCUAUUUAACGCAGCAGCUGGCUAAACAGAACAAUCUAAAACAGCUAACUGGACUUCUGGUUCUACUGGCCCACUGGCGCAGCACUACAAGAUUGUCCUUCCAGAGCCACCACCAUGAAUGUAGAGGGUGACAGAGAUUCCAAGGGGGCCCCUCACCCAUUCUUGAGAAGGUAGCACACAAUUUAAUCUUGCAUACAGAAUGCAUAAUGUGUCUUCCACCUCUGAAUUUCUCCUGCUGGAAUUCUCUCAGAUCCGAGAACUGCAGAUUUUACACUUCAUUGUAUUCCUAGCAUUGUACUUAACAACUGUAAUGGGGAAUCUUUUCAUCAUCCUUGCAAUAGCCCUUGACCAUCAUCUGCAUACACCAAUGUAUUUCUUCCUAAUGAACUUGGCCAUUUCUGACCUUGGCACAGUUUCUGUCACUGUACCCAAAUCCAUGGUUAAUUCACUUGUGAACAGCAGGCACAUUUCUUAUUCUGAAUGUGUCACUCAAGUUUUCUUCUUCUUUUUAUUUGGUAGCUGUGAUUUUGCCCUCUUAACAAUAAUGGCACAUGACCGGUAUGUUGCCAUUUGCAAACCACUACAAUAUGAAGCAAUUAUGAACAAAGGAGCCUGCAUUCAGAUGACAACCAUUGCGUGGAUUAUCAGUAUUGUCUACUCUGUGUUACACACUGGUAGCACAUUUUCAAUGACCUUCUGUUCCAAUAAUGUUGAACAAUUCUUCUGUGAAAUCCCCAAACUCCUAAAACUGUCUUGCUCUAACUUGUACAUUGUUGAAGUUGGACUUAUUGUGUUUAGUUUUAUCACAGUGUUUGGAUGCUUUAUCUUUAUUAUUGGAACUUAUGUGUGGAUCUUCACUGCAGUCCUCAAAAUCCCUUCUGUACAGGGACGGCAUAAGGCUCUCUCCACCUGCCUCCCACACCUUGUUGUUGUCUCUUUGCUUAUAUUCACUUCACUCUUUGUUUAUGCAAGACCUCCCAGUAAUAGCUCAUCUGAUCUAGAUCUAGUUUUUUCUGUGAUAUAUGCUAUUCUUCCUCCUAUGCUGAAUCCUUUCAUCUAUAGCACGAGAAACAAAGAGAUUCAGACUGCACUGAGGAAGCUAUUGAAUCUUAGAUACUUUUCUGACACUCUUCCCAGAAUUGUUCUGAGGUUUUCGAGAUUUCCCUGUAUAGGUCUGCCCAGGAGUUGAGAUCAGCUGGGGAGGCUCUUUCUAGUGUCCCAUCACAGGGUGAUGUAUACACUAAGGAGACACAGGGCUGAACUUCUCCGAUGUGGACCCUCAGCUACAGAAUUUCCUCCCCCUUGUCAUUUGAUAGGCAUCUAUGCUGCUCCCAUUCAGGUCCCCCCUUAAAAAUGUGGUGCGGGGAGGAACUGUGUUCAGUUUUUAUGCUGAGCUGAUUUUCUUAUUGUUAGGUAUUGUUGUUUUUAUUCAUACUUACUGUAUUGUAAUGUAGAUUUAUUGUUCCCCAGUCUGAUAUCUCUGAAUAAGGACAAGCUAUAUAUAUUUUAAAUAAAUAAACAAUAACUUUAUUUUAUCAGA